CACACGCCCCUUAAUAUAAAAUGAAAUAGGAAACUUCAUGGCAGGUUCGUUUGGUUUAGUUCAUGGAAAUUACUUAGUGAUUUACUACAUUUUUUCCUCUAACCACCUUUAAAUACUUUCAUUUUUAUUGCGGCUGUUCUUCAUCUUCAUCGAAACAUCCACCUACCUUCCUCUUUCACAUUCCUUAUUCAAUUUUCAAUAGAAAAAAAACAUGGUACAAAACACAAACUCUCCUCCUCCCUUUGAUCAUCUUCAAGGUCCACCCAACAUAAUCUGCGGCCUCUCUUUUCCUUAUGGCUCUGGAGUUGGAGCUGAGGUUUCAAUUCCUCGAUCCUGGGCUCAUCUUGAAAAUUUUCUUCGUGGGGUGAUACGGGAGGAGGUGGAGGCAAAGGUUGAAGCUCACUUUUUUAGGGUCAAAGAAGGAAAAGAAGGCAGUGGUGAUGGUGGUGGAUCUGGGGGAACAAAUGAGAAUUUGAGGCUACGUUUCAGGAGCAAGAUUCCAUCCAUCGUCUACACUGCAAAUAACAUCGAAGCCAAGAAUGGGGAGGAGCUGGGUGUUGAAUUAUUUGAUGUUGUUAAUGAUCGCAUCAUUGACGUUACUCAUCCAUUGUCGUCGGCGUCGAUUGAGGUUGUUGUCCUUGACGGAGAAUUCAACGACGGGGAAGCAAUAACUCAAUCGGAUUUCAACAGAAGUAUUGUGCCACAAAGGCUGGGAGAACGACUUUUGUUGAUUGGUGAUGAUAAGAGUUUUCGUUUAGAAAAUGGUGUUUAUUCCAUCACCAAUUUGUCAUUCACUACAAACUCAAGCAGGAGCAGAACCAAGAAGAUUUGUUUGGGAUUGAGGGUUAAACAUGACUCCAUCAACAACUAUCCUACAGUCGGAUACGCCGUGUCCAAUCCUUUUAGAGUGAAGGAUCACCGAGGCCAACCGAACAAGAAACACCAUCCUCCGGGAGGAGAAGAUGAAGUAUGGAGAUUGGAAGGGAUCGCGCGAAAUGGCGAAUAUCACAAGCGUCUAACUUCCCAUGGUAUAAUAAAUGUGGAUGCUUUUGUGAAGGCUCAUCAAAAUGACUCUCGUUCUCUAAGAAAGUGGUUAGGGAAUAGACUUUCAGACAGACAAUGGAAGACAAUGGUAAAGCAAGCUCUUCAAUAUGUUCCUAUCACCAUCCCCACUUUUGAUCCACCAAACUUACAGCAGGAAAAUUUGGAGCUGCAAAAUGAAGCCAUGGAUCAAAAUGCAUCUGUUUUCAACCAAAACAAUAUUGGUGCAAGUAAUGGAAAUUAUGAGUUCCAAAAUCAAACAUUGUUGGGCAAUUUUCACGACUUUUCCUUUAAUCAUCUCACAUCUGAAGAUCAUUAUAAUUACACAAUACAAACAUUGUUGUCACCUGGAGAAGCUUCAACCUCAAAUGCCCAAAACAUAAACAAUUAUGAUGAAAAUACAAGUACAUGUAACCCAUACUUCCAAGGAACUUGGAACAAGUUGGUCCUCAAACCCAAAUGAUUCAAAAUAAUAAUACUGCUCUUAAAAUCAAACUAAGAUACAUAUGAACCAAUAACGUCAUAUCUUGACUUUGGAAUGUGAUGAAUUGUGCUACAUUUGUGUCAACAUAGUUGAGAUAUUUAAGUGUACCGACGGGUCCCUUCUUCCAAUGUAAACAAGUUUGUAAGAUAUAGAUCAAGUCUAUAACGUUUGUUUUUAGUUUGGGAUAUGACGAAGGUGUUAUAGAUGUGUCGACUUAGUUACGUUGAGAUAUUUUAGUAGUCCUACCGAUCCCUUUUAUGUUUCUUGGAAUCUUAGAAAUGAAAAAGAAAAGUUUAUUUAUGAUCUUCUGUGUAAUUUCUUAUUUUUUGUUCUAAGAAUGUUUUGGUUUGCCCC